AUGAAUGCCGCUCUCAUUGUCACCGCGAUGUCCAGUUGCUUGCUCCUCAUGGGUGAACUCAUCCCCUCGACCUCUCCAGCUACGCACUUCACCCAACGAACGUCAUUAAUUACCCGUCACUUGAGUGUCAAUCUUACCUCCGGUGACUAUAGGAGUCUAUUCUUUGGAAUCGCAAGAGCUAAGAAUUCCGCCGAAUGUGUUCAGUUCGGAAUGCUCUCGUCUGUUAAGCCAGAACUGCUUUUUGUGAAGACGUGGGCAUUUCCUUUGCCUCUUCGUCUCUACUCUUGUAAGGAAAAUGAUGGUGGUAUUUUGCAGAACUGUUACCCUGUGUGCGGUCUUUUAACGAAACGUCUCAAACGAGGAGGAAUUCUUUGA